AUGAUCCCUCUGCGGCCAUCCAUUCUACGGAGGCCUCGAGAGGCGCUUGUGUGCUCACAAUGUCUCUUUGGGCCUCGUAAUGUGCGCCCCGAGGGCAUUCGGGGGUUCCUAUCAUCCUCGAAACGGCGGACCGGGACUGCGGAUGACCAGUCCCCUUCAGUAUUCCACAAAUCAUAUUUCUCAGCCAAUCGAUUCUACGACGGGUCAAAUAACAAAGUUGGCUUGCUGUCUUCACUUACGUCCUCCAAUGCGAAAAGCAAAUCAACCGUUUCGUCAUCUCCCAGCGUCAGUCAGUCGUCUGCAACAGCAUCAUCCGCCGCGAUUGCGACAGAAGCAACACCAGAGGAACUACCACAUCGGCGGCGAAAGCGCUUGAAGGAGGAAAGCAAUUCAACCGGAAAACCAGAACCCAGCCUCCCGCUGGAUGCCUCGGCGCAAUUGUCGAACUUCUCAUCCACACUCCCCACUACCUCCCUCCGCCGCAAGUUGGCUGCAUAUUUCGCCCUGACAAAACCGCGACUGUCCUUCUUGGUCGUACUCACCACCACCACUGCAUACGGGAUGUACCCAAUUUCGUCCCUGCUCACCCUCGACCCGGCUAUGACCCCACUCCCCACACUUUCAACCUCGACCCUGACCUUUAUAUACCUGACGGUGGGCACUUUCCUGUCUUGUUGCAGCGCCAAUACACUGAACAUGAUGUUCGAACCAAAAUACGACGCACUCAUGUCCCGGACGCGUAAUCGUCCUAUUGUGCGCGGACUUGUUUCGCGCCGGGGAGCUCUGCUCUUCGCGAUUGGUACCGCCGUCACGGGCCUGUCGCUCCUUUAUAUCGGGACCAACCCGACAACUACCGCUCUAUCCGCUUCCAAUAUUUUCCUAUAUGCUUUUGUAUACACACCAUUGAAGCGAAUCCACGUAAUCAAUACCUGGGUUGGCGCGGUGGUGGGUGGUAUUCCACCGCUCAUGGGAUGGAUCGCCGCAGCAGGCCAAACGGCGACAAUUGGUCAUGACACAUGGCGCGACAUGCUCUUCAGCGAAGAGAGCAUUGGAGGAUGGCUGCUAGGUGCAAUCUUGUUCGCCUGGCAAUUCCCCCACUUCAACGCCCUAUCCCAUCUGAUCCGCGAUGAGUACAAAGCAGCCGGCUACAGGAUGCUGUGCUGGGUAAACCCAGCUCGCAAUGCUCGGGUCGCUCUGCGGUACUCUAUUCUAAUGUUCCCCAUCUCCAUUGGUCUCUGGUGGGUCAAUGUCGUCGGACAUGGUUUCCUUGUCGGUAGCACUUUCGCCAAUGGCUGGCUAGUCCGCGAGGCAUACCGCUUCUAUCAACACCAGGGUGCGAGCGGCACGGCACGUGGCCUCUUCUGGGCCAGUAUCUGGCAACUGCCUAUUCUCCUGGUCGGCGGCCUAGUGACUAAGAAGGGUCUCUGGGAUGGCGUUUGGAAGAAUAUAUUCGGGCAAGCCGAUGAAGAGGAUGACGAGUAUUUGUACUACGAGGACGAAGAACAGUUGGAAGGUGAGAAGGCUAAGCUCCAAGAUGGUACAUCAUCCCGUGCGCCAUCAACCCGGACAAGCGCUUUGUCCACUGCAUGA